UAUAUAAUCCACAAACGCUUUACGCUGAACCUUGAAUUUACUGAAACCUGGAGAUUAUCACGUAGACAGUCCGAGUUUUACAUAAAAUCAGCUGUUGCCAGUCGGCGUCCUUAGUCUGCGGCGGGACGACAGCGAGGAGCUGAGCACUCUGGGAAAUAUAUACACGAGGAGACGAACAUGCAGUCGAUAAUAGCGAGGAACGGGUCCGAAACUCCGAACCCGGUGAAAGCUCAGGUGAAAGGCUCCCUCCCGUCAUGGCUGCAGGGAACGCUGAUCAGGAACGGGCCCGGGCUUUUCUCCGUGGGCAGCUCAGAGUACAACCACUGGUUUGACGGCAUGUCGCUCAUCCACAGCUUCACCUUCGACAACGGUGAGGUGACUUACAGGAGUAAGUUUCUGAAGAGCAACACCUACAAGCAAAACAUCAAGGCCGAUAGAAUCGUUGUGUCCGAGUUUGGAACCAUGAUCUACCCGGAUCCCUGCAAAAACAUCUUCGCCAGGGCUUUCAGUCACCUUUGCAACGUCAUCCCCGAUUUCACCGACAACAACUUGAUCAACAUCAUUCGUUACGGACAGGACUACUACGCCUCCUCCGAGGUCCACUACAUGAACCAGAUCGACCCGGCUACUCUGGAAACUGUCGGGAGGAUAAACUACAGAAAUCACAUCGCUCUGAACUUGGCGACGGCUCACCCUCACUACGACAACGAGGGCAACACUUACAACAUGGGCACCGCCAUCAUGGGCUUCGGCCCGCCGAAAUAUGUCAUCUUCAAAGUCCCAGCUGAUGCUUCAGAUGAAAAACGUAACCAGCCGGCGUUGAGGAAAGUGCAGAAGGUCUGUUCCAUUCCUUUUCGGUCCACUCUGUUCCCGAGCUACUUCCACAGCUUCGGCAUGACCGAGAACUACAUUGUGUUCGUGGAGCAGCCCUUCAAGCUGGACAUCGUCCGACUGGGCACCGCCUACUUCAGAGGGGUCAACUGGGGGAGCUGCCUCAAAUUCGACAAGGAUGACAUCACAUUGAUUCACGCCAUCAACAGAAAGACAGGAAAGGAGGUGAGCACCCGUUUCUACAGUGACGCCCUGGUGGUCUUCCACCACAUCAAUGCCUACGAGGAUGACGGCCACGUGGUGCUCGACCUGAUCAGCUACAAGGACAGCAAACUGUACGACAUGUUCUACAUCCAGAACAUCAGACAAGAAACCGAUGGCUUCAUCCAGUCCAACAAGAAUUUCUCCCAGCCAAUCUGCCAGAGAUUCGUCCUGCCGCUCAGCGCCCACAAGGAAUCUCCCAGAGGAACCAACCUGGUGACGCUGUCGGACACAACGGCCCAGGCUGUGGUGCAGGAGGACGGAUCUGUCUACUGCCAGCCUGACAUUAUUUUUGAAGGACUGGAGCUGCCGGGGAUCAACUACAACUUCAACGCUAAACAUUACAGAUACUUCUACGGCUCCAGGGUGGAGUGGUCUCCUCAUCCUAACAAGAUCGCCAAGAUCGACAUCGUCACCAGGAAACACGUAGAGUGGGAGCAGGACAAAUGCUACCCAUCAGAACCGGUGUUUGUCGCGUCUCCGGGAGCCGUGGACGAAGACGACGGAGUGAUCCUGUCGUCCGUCAUCUCUUCAGAUCCGAACGUUUCUCCGUUCAUGCUCGUCCUCAACGCCAAAACCUUCGAGGAAAUUGCCAGAGCCUCCAUCCCUGCCAGCGUCCACAUGGACCUUCACGGGCAUUUCAUCCCCACCGCUGUUUGAAUAUCAACAUGUCAGCUAGAAUAUUAUUUAUUAUCUUUUGUAAAUUCUGUAAUACUUUGCCUCUGUGUUGUUUUAAUCUUACAUUUUUGUGCGGUCAGGUGCCAUUUUGUCUUUUAUUUCAGUUGUCUUUCGUGUGUGUCUUUUUUUCUUAGGUCGCUGAUAAUAAACUACUACUGACUAAUCAGAUCAAAUGAAGAUGACAUUUUUGAAAAAGAAACCGACACUUUUCAGUUAUAUAUUUCACUUGACAUAUUUAAAAAAUACUGUUUUUUAAACUUCACUUAUGUUCUUGGAGAUAAAUGGAGACUCAGAACUUGUGCAACAUUUCAGUUUGUCACAAAGCAAAAGCUUAAAUGUUUCAGCUUCAUGACAAACAAAAUCUGAGAGAAUUGUUUUCUUAAUAAGUGUAAAAACUUUAAUGCUGAUAUGAUUAAAUUCUUUUCAGAAAUCA